AUGCCUUCCCUCCCACAGAACGCAUCUUCAAAUGCAUUUGACUCAUCAAUUCUGACCCUUCAGGCCACUUUCUCCAGUGGCAUGACCUUGUUGACUACGGCUUCCACUGCCAACAACUUCCUCAGAGCUACAGAUGGCCCGUUUGCAGAGUUGAAAGAGCUUAUUGCACAACAUACUUCCAUCGAAGACAGGCCACAAUUCCAACCACUUGUCCCCCCCGAUCAAAUUGUGAAGGGGAUUGUGCAGAAAAUAUGGGGUCAUUCAUCUAUUGAGACAGUCGGAGAUAUUGGCGAUAUACUGGAGAAGGGACUUGUUACAGAUGAUUUGAGCCUCGAAGAAGCUUGCAUUGCCGGUUACGCACAGAAAAAGGGGAAGUCCCCCCAAGAAGUCAUGAAGAGGUUCCGUUUACACAAUCCCACUGAAGCGGGCCAAACGGCUUGGCAAACAUGGCUUAAGCUUCACCCUGGAAUUGACAGUCAAGAAGCAGCAUGCCUGCGUAAAUUACAGCAACAGGAUAUCGAUAGGAAGUACCCUGACCAGGCAGAAGAAGCAAAAGCGUUCUAUGAUAAAAUUCUGAUACAUUGCGGGGACCUUGUUUUAUCGAAGGACGAGAGGGAGGCUCAACCAAAUGAAGGCCUUUAUCUGUUGCAGAAAAUAACGGGAAAAUAUGCUGCUCAGCUCGCUGCACUCAGCUCCAUUCAUCCUGUUGGGGUGGCGUUAGUGGGGUUCAUAGCAGAUGACAAGCUUGCCCCUCGGGAUUCGACUAUCGCAUUUACGAGCUCACCAAUGAUUGCGGAAAUGGUCAAAGCUAUGGGCCUACCCCUCACAGAGGAUAGUGCCUUAGCCAUGAGGAACUUCUACGACGGGAUAAAGGCAUUCAGGUACAAGGUUUAUGCAGGAAAGGCACAAAUAACUUACUCAUAUCCUUCCAGCCCAUAUCAACCCAACGCCAUUAAACAGAGAACCUUUCUUCAACAUCUUGGGGCGUUUACGAACCCCGAUAAAUCUACCAGCGAGGUGUUUGGUGCCUCAAGCCUCAUGAAGACCGUCGUGAUGCACAUGAAGCAAAGUGUCCAUUUCAGCGAUGAUCUGGACAGGUAUUUGGGAAAUGGAACGGGAAACACGGCCAUCAAAUCAGAGGUUGAGGGCGAUGCGAACAAUGUGGAUUACCACACACCUGCAUUAAAAAGGAAGGAAGGCCUCGCCUUUGCAGACGAGACCUACGGCUCGCAUCCCCAACGCCGCACUGAGUGUGCUGGGCGGCUUAAAGCAAUCAUUCUGGAGGCAACAGGGAUAACUGAGCUUGGGCACAACUGGAGAGUCGCCAACAUACUUUCAUUCAUGCUUGAGCAUCGUCUCCGUUUUGUUGGUUGGCAUCGUGGUGUCCCACGCUUGAACAAGUCACUACCGUGCGAUUGGACCCCACGCGAGUCUGCACGGUGUAUAAUGCAGCUCACUCACCAGGAUCCGGAGCAGACGUUGAGGGUGGAACAAAUGACAGAUGACGAGUACCUGACGCGUGAGGUGCUACACUAUGCACCAGAUGCGAAAGGGAAUAUUACGAAAUACCUAUUGCCUGAACACGAGACAAGGAGGGCAAUUGCGAGGACAGCGGUCGUCCCCGCACGAACCCAAAAACAUAAGGACAGCACGCCAAACUCCCCAACUGUGGAGAUGGAAGGAGAUUCGGUUGGUGAUAAUCAAAUAUCAUCCCCGUCUUCCAAGCGACGCAAGAAGUCCAAAGCCACUCGUGCACGCACCCUCACGAAGGCAAAACCUCCCCAUGUGACACCUGGGGGCCACAACCAAAUGAAAGAAGCCGCGGUACCAGAGAACGAGGUGAAAGGUCCACAGGACGAUGGCAUCGUACCCGAGACACCACCUCGCAACUCACCUGAACCGGGCGGGUCUUCAUCAUCAUCAGUAAAGUUAGAGGCAAUAAACCUGACAACGUUCCCAUCGGGUGUACGCUCAGGCUUCCAGCAAGGGCGUGGACCGCAACUCCCUGAUGACCCAGAAAACGACGUCUUCAUGGAGCAAGCCGUUCUGGAAUCACAUACGCCAAUGGUCAUCCCUCCAAUUAGGCUCAUCCAUCCAACACUGCAUAGUACUCCCCUCAAAGUUCAACCAGUGUUGAAGAUUAAUGGAAGUACGCACCUCACUGUGAACGAAGGUCCAACGUCCCGGGCACCGUCGGAGGCACCGUCAUCCGUAUCAAGCCUAAGCGGUGAGCCUCCCACCUUUGACACCUUGUUCAGGUGUGCACGAAACUCAGUGUGGCGGGCUGCAUCGAAAAUGUUGCCGGCGGUUCGUUUGAAGGCGCUAAUGGAAGAAAACGUUGAACUCCUAGUCAACAUCGACAUCAUUGCCCUGCACGUUACCGAGAAGGAGCCACCUCCUGAAGUCUUAGAUGUCACUCAACACUGGAGAAUGAUUAGCGCCGUUGGAAACGAGCUUCGUGACAGGGGGGCUGAUGUAGGAAAGGUUGCCAGGAGGGUGGUCCAACUGCUUGACGAGUUGGAAGUGAAUGACGACGAGGAUGUGAUAGCUACGUGGAUACAGAUGUUGCCCAGUUGA